GCGGCGGCGGUGGCGGUUACUAUGGCGGAGUCGGCCGGAGCCUCCUCCUUCUUCCCCCUUGUAGUCCUCCUGCUCGCCGGCAGCUGCGGGUCCGGGCCCCGGGGGAUCCAGGCUCUGCAGUGUGCGUGUACCAGCUGCCUCCAGGCCAACUACACGUGUGAGACAGAUGGGGCCUGCAUGGUUUCCAUUUUCAACCUGGAUGGGAUGGAGCACCACGUGCGCACCUGCAUCCCCAAAGUGGAGCUGGUCCCCGCUGGGAAGCCCUUCUACUGUCUGAGCUCCGAGGAUCUCCGCAACACCCACUGCUGCUAUACCGACUUCUGCAACAAGAUCGACCUGAGGGUGCCCAGUGGUCACCUCAAGGAGUCUGAGCACCCUUCCAUGUGGGGCCCCGUGGAGCUGGUAGGCAUUAUUGCUGGCCCAGUGUUCCUCCUGUUUCUCAUCAUCAUCAUUGUUUUCCUUGUCAUUAACUAUCAUCAGCGUGUCUAUCACAACCGCCAGAGACUGGACAUGGAAGAUCCCUCAUGUGAGAUGUGUCUCUCCAAAGACAAGACGCUCCAGGAUCUUGUCUACGAUCUCUCCACAUCGGGGUCUGGCUCAGGGUUGCCCCUUUUUGUCCAGCGCACAGUGGCCCGAACCAUCGUUUUGCAGGAGAUUAUUGGCAAGGGCCGGUUUGGGGAAGUGUGGCGUGGCCGCUGGAGGGGUGGGGAUGUGGCUGUGAAGAUUUUCUCUUCUCGUGAAGAACGGUCUUGGUUCCGGGAAGCAGAGAUCUACCAGACGGUCAUGCUGCGCCACGAGAACAUCCUUGGAUUUAUUGCUGCUGACAAUAAAGAUAAUGGCACCUGGACACAGCUGUGGCUCGUCUCAGACUACCAUGAGCAUGGCUCCCUGUUUGAUUAUCUUAACCGAUACACGGUGACGAUCGAGGGGAUGAUUAAGCUGGCCUUGUCUGCGGCUAGCGGGCUAGCACACCUGCACAUGGAGAUUGUAGGUACCCAAGGGAAGCCUGGAAUUGCUCAUCGAGACUUAAAAUCAAAGAACAUCCUGGUGAAGAAAAAUGGCAUGUGCGCCAUUGCAGACCUGGGCCUGGCUGUCCGCCAUGAUGCGGUCACAGACACCAUCGACAUCGCCCCAAAUCAGAGGGUGGGGACCAAGCGAUACAUGGCCCCUGAAGUGCUCGAUGAAACCAUUAACAUGAAGCACUUCGACUCCUUCAAAUGUGCUGAUAUCUAUGCCCUCGGGCUUGUAUACUGGGAGAUUGCUCGAAGAUGCAAUUCUGGAGGAGUCCAUGAAGAAUAUCAGCUGCCAUAUUAUGACUUAGUGCCCUCUGACCCUUCCAUUGAGGAAAUGCGAAAGGUCGUAUGUGACCAGAAGCUACGUCCCAACAUCCCCAACUGGUGGCAGAGUUAUGAGGCGCUCCGGGUGAUGGGGAAGAUGAUGCGGGAGUGUUGGUACGCCAACGGCGCGGCCCGCCUCACCGCUCUGCGCAUUAAGAAGACCCUCUCACAGCUCAGCGUGCAGGAAGAUGUGAAGAUCUAAGCCUCUCCCUCCCUUGCACGCAGCCCCGGGCGGCGGGAACUACACACACAGCUGCCCUGUUGAGCGUACGAUGGAGGCCUACCUCUCGUUUCUGCCCAGCCCUCUGCGGCCAGGAGCCCUGGCCCGAGAGAGGGACCGAGCCCGGGAGACUCCCUCACUCCCAUGUUGGGUUUGAGACACAGACACCUUUUAUAUUUACCUCCUGACGGCAUGGAGACUCUGAGAGCCAACGGUGUGGAGAACUCGAUGCCACAACUCGAACUGGCUGUGGUGGGAAGUCCCGCAAAGCCCAGGGCACCUGGCGGGCGGCCGGGAGGACCCAGGAGAGGCUGAGUGUCGCCAGCAGCACUGAGGGUUUUCCUCCCGGGACCAGCCAACCCCAGCACUCCGAGGUGGCCCAGAGGCACCGCAAAGUACAGCCCCCUCUCACAGGCAGCUCUGGACCCCGGGCUCCCCUCCUCCCUCCCGCGGACAUCUGGAGGGACCGCCAGUGGGGACAGGGUCUGCCGCCUGUCUGUCCAGCCGUGUGUGUGUGUGUGUGUGUGCGCGCGCGCGCGCGCGCCUGGGCGCAUGUGCUGAGGUGUGUCCCCUGUUGUGCCUGGUCCGUGCCACGCCCUUACACGUGUGUGUGUGUGUGUGUGUGUGUGUCGGUGCGCACUUACCUGCUUGAGCUUUCUGUGCAUGUGCAGGUCGGGGGUGUGGUGGUCAUGCUGUCUGUGUGCUGGUGUCUCUGUUCUGUAGUGAGCAGCAGCCAGUUUCCCCGGUGCCCUUCCCAGAGGUCUCUCUCCCGGCCAUGAACCCCAGAACCCCCAUGCCACAGUGGGGCUCCCUGCCCAGCAGGCUGCUCCACCCACCCCUGUGUCGACACCUCCAUUUCAGACUGUGGAACCAAAGCUGGCCCAGUUGUCCCUGUCAGGCGAGGCUUUGGGGUCCAAAUGGGAGGCGGGGGGUGGGGGGGUGGGCGGGGAAAGAAUCUUGGCAGAAGUCUCGGGUGUUGCGGUCAGUGGCAACCGUGGGAAAUGAGCCAGCCCAAGGGCAUCAUCCUCAAUGGCAUCAAGGAAGGGCCAAGGGAUUUGAAGCCCACAUCCUGGGACUCAGAUUGGAAUGUCACAUCUGUCUUUCAUAUCCCAGAUUCUGGAAACAGCAGUGUAUAUUUUUGGUGGUGAUGGGUUUAGGGUGGGGAAGGGAGA